GGCAGGAGCAGCCCGGCAGCGCGGGGAGCGCGGCUCCUGCCGGGUUUCUACUGGCAGGAGCCACAGGAGGUCUGGCGGUGCCCGGCUCCCUCGCAGGACGAGCCCGGCGCUGCUGCCAUGGAGAGCGCGGUGGAGAUGGGCGCGGAGGCUGCGGGCAGCGGGCACGGAGCCGGGAUGCUGCUCCGCCAGGACCUGCGGAGGAUCCGCUGCGCGCUGCUGCUCUGCCUGCUGGCCGUGCUGCUGCUGAUGCUGCCCACCGCCUACCUGCUGCUGGGGAACCUGCGGGCCAACAGCUCCUGCGGCCAGGUCACAGAGGAGGGGGGCUCUCACUUUCUGAAGCAACGAGCAGUGGCUGCUGUUACAGACACACUUUCCAGUGCAGAGAAGCCACGAGCUCACCUGACAGUGAAGAAGCAGGACCUGGCCAGCGCCGUGGGGAGCCACCUGCCCAUCCUGCAGUGGGAAGACAAGCGAGGCCUGGCCUUCACCAAGAACAACCUGAGCUACUCCAGCAACGCCCUGGUGAUUCCCGUGUCCGGGGACUACUACGUGUACGCUCAGGUCACCUUCCGCGGGCCCGUGGAGAGCAGCCACAAGGCCAACUCUGUCACUGAGGUCAUCACCAAGGUCACUGACAGCUACCCCGAGCCCACCCAGCUGCUGACGGGCACCAAGACCCUCAGUGAGAACGGCAAUGGUUGGUUCCAGCCCAUCUACCUGGGCGCUGUUGUCUCCUUGGAGGUGGGAGACAAGCUGAUGGUCAACGUGAGUGACAUCAAGCUGGUGGAUUACACCAAGGAGCACAAAACUUUCUUUGGGGCCUUCCUGCUGUAGGGCUCUGGCCUAUGGCAGCUGGUGGGGGAUCCCUCCAGGGUCAUCGGGGGGAUCUUGUUGGAUUUUGGCUUUGUGGGCGCGUCUUGGGGUGAGAUGUCUGCUGUUUGCCUCUUCCUCCUCCUCCUCCUUCUUCUUCUUCUUAUUCCUCUGUGCCAUCACUCCCCUGCAGCUCACUAGAGCCUUAAUUUAAUGGGUAGGGAAAGGUGAAGCUGCAGGUUGGAGUGAAAUAACCCCCCCAAAAAAACACAAGAAAAAACCAACCAAAAACUAACUAAAAAAAAAACCCAAAAACAAAAAACCACGCA